GUGCAAGGUGUUGGCACCACCUUUCCUCGGGUUAUUUAUUCGGGAGCAAGUGUUCAGAAAAGGUGUUCGUUCCAACUCACCUUCCAUUCUUCUCUUUUGGCUGAUGCUGAAAUAUGGGGACAAAUUACGUCUCAUACCAUCGCAGUGAAUUCGACUCGGAGGAGACAGUUGUGCUGCUGGAGAUCGGGAAGCAUCCCACCGUAGGUAUCCGCCAUUGCCACCCGCAUACACCUACCCCUACUUCCUUGCCAGUGGACCACGCUAUCCACCAACAUACACCGAAGCAGUCUACCCCACUACAUCCGUUGAGCACACUUUGGACACAUCCGUGCCAAGUGAUUGGAAGGAGAGAGCUCAAGAGGUUGAAAGAGUAGAGUACAAAAAAUCCGCGUGUGACCGCGAAAGGACCAGAAUGAGGGACAUGAAUAACGCCUAUGAUCUCCUGAGGAGCAAACUACCUGUCCCCAAGCCAUCUGGCAAGAAGUACAGCAAAAUUGAGUGUCUCAAACUCGCCAUCAGUUACAUACACUAUCUGCAGAGUGUGCUAGCAAAUCCAGACAAUCCCGAAAUGUCCCCGGCAACCCACACAUCAUCCACCCCUUACUACUACCCCAUAACCACUGGCACCAACUACGAAAUCCUACCGUCGGGAACGCUCAUGCCGUCGCUGCCACCCGCAAAUCCCACCGAGGUGUCCAAUGUGUGGCCAGUAGGGGCAAGUGGGACAGGAUUGAGGAAGCACCACACAUAUUACCACCCAUAAAUGGCGCUAAUUAGUGAAUUUUGGCAUAACGAUGGCGGUUGGAUGCGCAAUUUUCCGCCAUAGAGCACAAGUGGCAGUGAAACCAUUAUUUAAUACAUGAAUGAAAUAUAAUACAAUAAUAAUCUGCAA